UUUUCUAUCAACACUAAAAUGAAACUUGUACUACUUUUAUUGUGUUUACUUUAUGUAACUUUUUCCAAGGGAAAAGACAUUCAAGAAGAAAUUAAAGAAAUAAAACAAAAGGCCCAUGAACAUUGCGUUCAAAAAACAGGAGCGUCUGAAGAAUUAAUCCAGCAGGAAAUCCAAAAUAACGUUUACACGCAAAAUGAGAAUUUGAAAUGUUACGAAGCGUGUAAAUACGUUUAUUUUGGUUUGGUGGAUGAAAAAACCGGUAAAUUUUCUUUGGACAAGUUUCAAAAAAAUUACCCCAAAGAGUUUACAUCAGUAUGGUCGAAAAUUUUAACGGACUGCAAUGUGACAGACUUCGGAAAAAAUAUGUGUGAAGAGGCUUGGCAAUAUCUAACAACAUGUUUUGUAAAUCAACCAGAUUUUGCUCCGUUUUAAUAAACAGGAUAAGAAAAAAAUUACCCCAUCCAAAUUUUUACUGUAUUAAAUGAUUUUUAACAAUAAAAAUUAUUAUU